AUGUCGUCUAACCGUGUUAAGAAGCAUGGGCUGACUAACAAAAAUCCACCUUCCCCUCCCUUAUCCGAGAAGAAUGGAGCCGACACAGACGAUCGUCCAGAACGGCAUGCCAACGCAGCGGUCCCACCGAAGCCCCAGACCGUCGUGCCCACCUCAGUCUCCGACGAGGAUGAAGACAUACCCGAGGAUAUUGACCCCGCUGAAUAUCGCACCCAGUCUCAGCGUGCUGUCUAUGCACCCGGGGGCUACAACACCCUCAAAUCAUACAAAGGACAGGUCUACUCCGGUAUGUCUGUGGGGGGAUCCCACACCUGGACCUACGAACCAGGGACGUGGAAGGAGACGAAGGAGGAGCCGGAUUUAUGGAGAAUAAACUACCGAACGAAUAAACGACGGGCCAAGAAUGCCCCCCAGGGCAGCGGUGCCCCUGUUGGUACCGAGUACCAUUGGUUUAUUGUUGCGCAUCAGUAUGUCAAGAAGAUCGAUGCCAACACGUACGAAACCGACCUCAGCGGUUACAAGUAUAAACUGGCGUAUAAAUCGGUAGGGUCGAAUUCUUGGUCUGUGCCGACGGUGAAGAAGCAGCGUGAACGGGAGGUAGAGCUGCUCGAGGACGCGAAGCAGCGGGUUCAAGGCUUGCCUCCGGUGCUGGCAUCGGAGAGGGUUAAAGUCGAGAAGCAUGAGAAAGGGCAGCAGAAGUUGGAUAGUAUGUUUCGCCAGUCUGCAAAGCCAGGUAGCAAGAAGAGGAAAAUUGGCGAUAGCGGGGAGGAAUGA